AUGGAUUAUCAUCCAAAUGUUAGAAACCAAGUUCGAAGGGCAUAUUUGCAGAAUGGGCCGUGCCAGCCUAAAAAUCAUAAAUUUCCUAAUUCACGGAAAGGUAGAAAGUUCAAUCAUUCUUGGUUCAAAGCUCAUGAAUAUUGGCUAGAAUACAGCAUAUCAAAAGAUAGAGUAUAUUGUUUAUGUUGUUACUUGUUUAAAUCAAGUGGUGCUAAUAACUUUGCUGAUGAAGGAUUUUGUACUUGGAGUAAGAAAUCAAGACUGCAGGUUCAUGUAGGAGAUAUAAAUAGUGCUCACAACGAAGCUCGGAAAGCCUGUGAAGACUUGUUAGAUGAAAAAGGUCUUGCAUUUCGUGGGAAUGACGAAGGUGAUGAUUCUGCAAAUCGGGGUAAUUUUCUUGAGAUUUUAGCAUGGCUUGGUAACAUCAAUGUAGAAGAUUUGCAGCCUUAUAUUAUGGAAAAUGCACCGAAAAAUCUGAAAUUGACCUCUCCUGAUGUUCAAAAAGAUAUUACAAGUGCUUUUUCAUUUGAAAUAAUUGCUGCAAUUAUUCGAGACAUUGGUGAUUCAUUCUUUUCAAUUCUGGUUGAUGAGUCUAAAGAUAUUUCGUCAAAGGAACAAAUGGCUAUCGUUUUACGGUAUGUGAAAGAAGGACGUGUUAUUGAGCGCUUUUUUGGGAUUGAACAUGUAGCUACUACCAAUGCCCUCUCACUCAAGAAAACAAUCACUAAUUUCUUUUCGAGGCAUAAUUUAAGUUUUUCCCAGUUGCGAGGACAAGGUUAUGAUGGGGCUAAGAACAUGAAAGCGAAAAAAGAUCCAGAAAUCAAGGAUUUGUUUUCAUUAGUUACUUGUGUGACUAAUGUUGUUGGAGGAUCACCUAAACGCCUUGAAAUACUUCGAAAAAUAAAAGGUGCUGAAAUUUCUGAAGCUCUUAGCAACAAUGAACUUGAAACUGGGCGAGGUUUAAACCAAGAGUCGAACCUCAAGCGUGCUGCGGAUACAAGGUGGGGUUCGCACCAAAAUACUUUAAUUAGCUUGAUUAAUUUGUAUUCAGCUGUGAUGGGUGUACUUAGAUCAGUUUCAAAAGAUAAAACUUCUGAUAAGAGAUUUGAAGCUAGAGGUAUUUUGGUUCAUAUGAAGUUAUAUAAUUUUUCUUUUCGUCUUCAUUUGAUGAAAAAUAUUAUGGGAGUUACAAAUGAUUUGUCAGAAGCUUUACAAAGAAAAUACCAGGAUAUUGUGAAUGCCAUGAAGUUAGUUCGGAUUUGUAAGACAAGACUACAAGAGAUGAGGGAUAAUGGUUGGAAUGAUUUACUUAGUGAAGUAUCUUCAUUUUGUGAGCAGCAUAAGAUUAAGGUUGUUUGUAUGAAUGAUUCUAGUUUAGGUAAAGGAAGAGCAAAACGCAAUGUCCAAGAAAACAGCAACGAGCAUAAAUACCGUAUUGGGAUAUUUAAUGCUGUUAUAGAUUUGCAACUAAGAGAAUUGAAUGAUCGCUUUACUGAAACAACUACGGAGCUUCUUCUUUGUGUAGCUUGCUUAUGUCCGAGUGAUUCGUUUGCUUCUUUUGAUAAGGACAUGUUGAAGCGCCUUGCAGAAUUUUAUCCAAAGGAUUUUUCUGAAAUUGACAUUGUAUUACUCGAUGGUCAACUUCAAAACUACAUUAUGGAUGUGAGAACAAGCACUGAGUUUUCAAGUUUGAAUGGAAUUACUGAUCUUGCCCGAAAAAUGGUGGAAACAAAGAAAGACAAGGUCUAUUCAAAGGUUUAUUUACUGUUGACAUUGGCGUUGAUCUUACCGGUUGCUACUGCCAGUGUAGAAAGACUCUUUUCUGCUAUGAAAAUACUGAAGACUCGAUUGCAUAAUAGAAUGGGUGAUGAGUGGUUGAACGACUGCUUACUUGCAUAUGUUGAAAAAGUAAUAAUGGAUAGCAUCGUCAAUGACAUUAUUAUGAACCGUUUUCAGAUCAUGAAGCCACGCAAAGGGAGGCUGUAAGUUGGUACUUGAGUAUAGAAUGUGAAAUGGGGGAGAUGAUAUAACAUAGAUUAAUUAGCAUCAGGUAGGGUUUACAUGAAUGAUUUAUUUUCUCCAUCUUUUGGGCAGACUUAUGGUUAUGGGUCUUUUGAUUUUUGCAGUUGAUGUAGAGAUGAGUUCAUCUAUUUUGGCGAAAAUGGUAUCUCAAACUUGGAUUCAAAGGACAAAACUCGCAUAUGCAAAUCAUAGUCUAGUCAUGUAAUUUACUUUGUUGAGGAGAAAGCUGUGCUGAAAAUGCUUUUGGAACUAAAUUGCAGUGGAACUUGCGCACAAAGGCAAAAAUUUCGAACGACGUUUUUGAUUCAGUUUAAAAAAAAAUUGUGAAUAUUAGAAAUUUUUUUCGACCCCACAACCUUUAAGUCCUGGCUCCGUCCCUGGCCACCAGAAACCAUCUGUCAGCAUCACCAUCUCAUGGCGUUGGUGAAAAUUGAUGUAU